GCAAGAACGCGCCUCGCGGGCCAGGCAGGAGAGCGCGGCGGGCCCGCCUCGCCCUGGAGCUGGCAAGUUGCUCCCAGCCCGCCAGGUUCUCAGAGGAAGACAAAGCCCCAGCUUCCUCCUGCAGCCAGGGAACUCAGAGAGAAUGAAAGCCUAUUUGAAGAGCGCAGACGGGUUUUUUCUUUUAAAUAAAAGCACCACGAUCGGCAAGCAUGCAGAUUCGGACCUCGUCUUACAGUCCACAGACAUUGACAACCACCAUGCGCUCAUCGAAUUCAACGAGGCGGAGGGCAGCUUUGUCCUUCAGGACUUUAACACCCGCAACGGAACGUUUGUCAACGAGUGCCACAUUCAGAAUGUGGCAGUGAAGCUGAUCCCUGGGGACAUUCUGCGGUUCGGGUCUGCAGGGCUGACCUACGAGCUGGUCAUUGAGAACCCGCCCCAGGUCUCCUGCCCAUGGGUGAGUGGCCCAGUACCUUGGCCAAGGCCGCAACCACCUGGGGCCUCACAGCAGCCACACCAGUCAUCCUCGCCACCCUCAAUGCCCUUCCACCAGGGCAUGGGACCAGCAGCAGCACAGAGAAGUUGGUCACAGGGUUGCCCCAGGCCUACCAUGGCUCCGUCUGCUCCUUACCAGGGGCCUGUGAGUGCUAGCAGGAAGAUGUUUUCCUUCGUGAUGGACCCCAAGUCCCCGGUCAUCAAGCAAGUGUGGGCCAGCGCCAUGGAACUGUCAGAACAAUGCAUGGUCGAGGGACUCUCCGGGACGAUACCCCCUAUGGAGAUCUUCAUGGACCAGGACCUAGGGCAGCAAGACAAGGACGAGAUCAUCCUGCUGCUGGGGAGAGAGGUCAAUCGGCUCUCAGACUUUGAAAUCGAGUCCAAAUACAAAGAUGCGGUGAUAACAAACCUGCAGGGUGAGGUGGCCGACCUGAGUCAAAGGCUGUCAGAGAUGGCCGCAGCUGCCAGGCAGAGAGACAGGGGUGUCUUCAAGUUCCAGGGCCUGGAUGAAGGCGAUGACCCCAGGCAGAAGGAGAUUGAGACUAUGAAAAGCCAGAUCAACGCCCUUCAAAAAGGCUAUAGCCAGGUGCUAUCUCAGACCCUGGCAGAACGCAACUCAGAAAUUGCAUCCCUGAAGAGUGAAGGCGAGAACUUAAAGAGAGACUAUGCCAUCACAUCAGAGAUGGUGACGUCUUUACAGAAAGACGUGUCGGCACGGAACGAACAGGUUCAGCAGCUGAAAGAGGAGUGUUCCAUGCUGAAAGAAGAGCUAAGAAAGGAAGAAGCUCAGAGGGGCUACAGGGAGGCUCAGGAGAAGGAGUUGAAGCUCUGCAGAAGCCAAAUGCAAGACAUGGAGAAAGAAGUGAAAAAGCUCAGGGAGGAACUGAAGAAGAAUAGUACCAGUCAGAACAUCAUCUCCAAGACGCUACGAGAAAAGAGCAAGGUUGAAGAGAAGCUUCAGGAAGAUUCCAGAAGGAAAUUGCUUCAGCUGCAAGAAAUGGGGAACAGAGAAAGCCUCAUUAAAAUCAAUUUGGAAAGGGCAGUAGGCCAGCUAGAGCACUUCAGAAGCCAGGUCAUCAAAGCCACUUUCGGGAGAGCAGAGCCAUUCCAUGACAAGCCCGUCACCGACCAGCAGCUGAUAGAGAGGAUCGUCCAGGUCACCGAGGACAACCUCAGCUUCCAGCAGAGGAAGUGGACCCUGCAAAAGGAGACCCAUUUAAGCAACACCAAGCGGGAGGAGACCUCGGAGAACGUGGAAAAGCUGAAGGUGCUUCUUGACAAUUGCCAGGCUCGCAUGAGGGACUCCUGCAGUGGCAGCGACCUGAAGAAGCAGUUGGAGAUCCUUCAGCACCUGAAACUGAGCCCACCUGUGUCAGAGCUUCAGAAGGCUGUACUAGACAUCCUGAGGGUGUCCCUGUCCUGGCUGGAGGAGACGGAGCAGCUGCUUCAAGACCUCAACAUCCAGCUGUCAGGUUCUGACAAAGGGUUCUCUCUGUGUCUGAUAUAUCUUCUGGAACAUUACAAGAAAAUUAUGAGCCAGACCCAGGAGCUUCAGGUCCAAGUGAGAGCUUCUCAGGACACUCAGCAGUCUCUGCAGCAGGAGCACCUGGCUGAGAAGGAGAAGCUGAUUGAGGAGAAGCUGGAACAAGAGGAGAAGCUGAAGGCCAGCAUUCAGCAGCUGACAAAAGAGAAGGAGGCCCUGGAGACAGUCAUUACCCAAGAGAAAAACAAAGCGAGGGAGGCUUUGGAAGGGGAGCAGACGAGAGCGCAAGAAGUGGAGAGUCGCUUGGCCUCCCAGAAGAAGGCUUUGGAAGAGAGCAUCGCUCAGGAGAAACUCAGAGCACAGGAGGCCCUGGGGAAGGCGCAAGCCCGAGUCCGUGAGCUGGAGAGCCACUUGGCCUGCCAAAAGGAGGUUUUGGAGGACAACGUGGCUCAUGAGAAAAGAAAAAUGCGGGAAGCGCUAGAGGCGGAAAGGAGGAAGGCACAAGACCUGGGGAAUCAGCUGACCAAACAGAAGGAGAUCUCAGAGAGCGCCGCCUUUGAGAGACUCAAAAUAAGAGACAUUCUAGAGAGGGAAAAAAGGAGAAUCCAGGACCUGGAGAACCGCCUGACCAAGCAGAGAGAGGAGAUAGAAUUAAAGGGGCAAAAGGAAGACAUCUUAAACAAUAAAUUAAACGAUGCCCUGGCCAUGGUGGAGGAGGCGCAGCAGAUGAAGACAGCCGAGAGUCUCAAAGCUGAGAACCUCACCCAGAAGUUAAAUGAAACAUUAGCCGAGCUAGAAACGACCAAGACGAAAAUGCUCAUGACGGAGGAGCGGCUGAAGCUGCAGCAGCAGUCCAUGAAGGCCCUGCAGGAUGAACAGGAAUCCCAGAAGCACGGCUUCGAGGUGGAAAUCACGGAGUACAAAGAGCAGAUCAGACAGCACUCGCAGACCAUCGUGAGCCUAGAGGAAAGGCUCUGCCAAGUGACUCAGCAACACAGGAAAAUAGAAGGCGAGAUCGCAACACUGAAAGACGGUGAACCAGCUCAAAAGGAGGAAGUGCCCCAAGAGCCCACAGGAAAACCCUCGGUAGACAGCAGUGUCACAGAAGGGAGCUGCGAACACCUGAUAGAUGACUUACUGGCUGCUCAGAAGGAAAUCCUGAGUCAGCAGGAGCUCAUUGUGAGGCUGAGGACAGACCUCAACGAAGCCCACAAACGGAUGUCAGACCUGAGAGGGGAGCUAAGCGAGAAACAGAAGAUGGAGUUGGAGCGGCAGGUGGCCCUGGUACAGCAGCAGACGAGCGAGCUGAGCGUGUUCAAGGCGAAGGUGGCGCAGAUGAGCGGCCUGGUGGAGAAGAAAGAGAGGGAACUGAAAGUCCUCAGGGAGGCACUCAGGGCUUCCCAAGAGAAAGCCAGACCCCACCUGAGCACGGAGCAGAAGCCUAGGAAUCUCAGCCAGAAGUGCGACAUCUCACUGCAAAUAGAUCCUGUCCACCCAGACACAUUCUCCAGCUACCAAGAGGAGCAGUCCUUCAGUGACCUGGGGGCCAAGUGCAAAGGGUCUCGACAUGAGGAAGUCAUCCAGCGACAGAAAAAGGCCUUGUCGGAACUCCGACAACGAAUCAAAGAUCUGGAGAAGACCAGCUCCUCCAAUCAUAAAGACCACAUGGAUGAACCGUUCCUAGAGCUAAAGACCCUCAGAGUGGAAAAAAAUGUACAGAAAAUAUUAGUAGACGCAAAGCCUGACUUGACGACUCUCUCAAGAAUAGAGAUCCGAACGCCUCAGAAUGGCCUUUUCAACUCGGGCUCCAGCUUGGCCAUGGAGAAGUCAGUGAGAACAGAUUCCUCGGAAGCCUUAGAACUCAGUGAGAAGCUGUACACCGACAUGAUCAGGACGCUCAGCAGCCUGAUGAACAUCAAGGACAUGUCUGGCUUCAUGUCCUUGAAGCAUCUCUCGCCCAAAGAGCGUGAGAAGGUCAGCCACCUCCGACAGAAAGACCUGGACCUGGUGUUUGAUAAGAUCACUCAGCUCAAGACCCGGCUGCAGAGAAAAGAGGACCUCCUGAGAGGAUACGAACGGGAACUCGAGCAGCUCAGGCAUAGCAAAGUGUCCGUUCAGAUGUACCAGACCCAGGUGGCAAAGCUGGAGGACGAUGUCUACAAAGAGACUGAGGAAAAGGCGCUGCUGAAGGAGGCCCUGGAGCGCACAGAGCAGCAGCUUUACCAGGAAAAGAGACUCAACAGGGCCUUCAAGCAGCAGAAGGAUCGAGUAGAGGACCAAGAACAGAAAAACACACCCUGCAGCUGCCCCUUCAAAGACAAUGAGAGGCAGAGACGCAUGUUUGUAGAGAUGGUCAAGAACAGGAUGCAGAGCUCAAGUCUCCAGGUUGGAGCCAAGAAAGCCACCCUGAAGUCAAGCCAAGAAAGAGAGACAAAGAAGGAGGCAUGCAGGUCCAGCCAGAGUCUUUCGUCUGUUAAGCCUGGUGGAAAGAACUAG